AUGGAGAGUAGUGGUAAUUUUGAUCGUUUCAGUAUUGACGAAGAUGAUGACGAUUUAGAGGACGAUUUCUCUUCUGGAAGCAUGUCUUUCAACGGGCGACUUGUCAUUUCUGGCGAUCCUAUAAUGUAUUCUUCUGUUGGAAGCCCUGGUAAGAUUUUAACCGUAUCAAUUCAUAACAUGAGGUUUGAAGUAGAACUUUCCCUUUCCUUUGUUACGCUGUACGUUAUUUUUAUUGGCAGCUAUUGUGACAGCAAGAAAAUUAUACAAUGGAUUCCGGUAGAAAAAGUCUACCCGACUUGUUGAAAUUUGAUCGAUAUCCUCAUCACUGGAAAGAACUUUAAUGUAAUAUCCGAAAUCCUAGCGGAACAUGCCGCAUUCAAGGAAAAACGUGAACUUUUGAAAUCUGUUUGAAACACGAGUUAGCUUGAUUGUGUGUGGGUGGUGGCAUGUUUCUUUGGAUAAACUUUCCGUUGGUGUCAAAGUAACGGUAUUUAAUAAUGAGCAAUUAUUGAAUACGUAUGGGGUGAAGAAUUAUGCAGAUCGAGGAAGCUGUUGUGGAUAACAGCGUGGGAGGUGUUUACUUAUGAGAAUUGAACUACAAGUGUCUCCUCUGCGACAAUUACCAUAAAUGACCUAAACACUUGGGGCGUCUAUUUAAUUUUAGGGGUCCAUGUAGGAGGCCUUUAAAAGAGAGAUGUGUAUAUUCUCAUAUAAACUGUAACAAGCUCAACAAAAAUAAUAUGACUUCGGCGAAAAUUUCAAGUGAGAGAAAUAUAAAUAGCGGAAUAUCCGCUUCAUCAGUUGAUAUGUCUAGGAAUCCUCAUGGCUCUUUCAAAUCCCAAAAUUGAUGUCGGAAUCCUCGCUCAGGAUUAUUGUGUUUGCAACAUUAGUCUAUCCUCAGUUAGAACUUCACAUUGAACGAGAUAAAAUAUUCAGAGCCUUGCUAACCAAUCAAAAAACUGAAUGAAUUGAAUGAUUUUACUCCCUUUUGCUAAUUCGUAUUAUUUUGGAGUAAUUGUCAUGGGUGUCUAUUAGACGGAGGGCAUUUAUCAGCGAGGGGCGUCUAAUAAAAUGUUAACAGUGCAGAGAGGGUAUUUAUUAGAUAAGGGGCAUUUAUUUGGAAGUGGGGGUUUAUUAGGUCAUUUACAGUACUUUUUGGAAGAGAAUUUAUGGUAUGCAAUUUCAUCUAAAAUAUGAUAAUAUGUGUAGUUAGUACUCUGUAGUAAAUGCAGCCGCAAUACACAGAGAUCAGAAAAUGCAUCGAGUGGUUACUUACAAGAGGUUUAAAAACAACAGAAAAUUAUAAAAUUAUGAGCCCAAACAGUGGUCAUAGUCGCUUAAAGGGGUGGUCAUUUAUCAUAUGGGUUUGAGUGGGAAAUUUUGUCGAUUUGUGCUCGCUUAUAAGAGGUGGUUACAAGAGGUGGUUGCAAAUGGGGUUCAAGUGUAAUCUCAUUGCCUUUGGUCUAAAAUCAUGGUGCCCAGCAGAGUAAGAGGAAACUUUUCUUAUUUAAUUGUUCCUCCAACAAGCACUAUAUUAAAUUUGGUUGUCUAAAACACAUAGGUUCUUGUCCAAACAGUUUGCAAGGUUCCUAAGCUAAAUGGAGCUCUUUAAAAACAAAUGAAAGGGCCCCAGUACGGCAAAGUUAAAAGGAAUGUUUAACCUUAUUUUGUCUAGUAUGAGGUUUGCUUUUAUGACUUUAAAAUAAAUUUUAAUUCUAUUGAAAUUUGAAGUCAAUUUUCAACUGUUUCCAAAUUGUAUUUUUUUCUGUUUAAAAAUGUUCUUGUCCCACAGACAAGUCAUGUGAAAGGUUUACAUGUCAGAACUAAAUUUCUGCCUGUCCUAGGCAAUCUGACACAGGUCUUGGCACACCCUGCCCAGUCCAAUCCCUUUCAUUCAGAUCCAUCAGUAAGUUCAUGCUUCUCAAGUACAAGUAAUAAUUAUUUUGUUCAAUUUAAGGGCGAGGGAUUGUAUUUGUGCCAGAAGAUAUCAGCAGUGAUUGUGAGAGUGAAGAAGAGACAAAUGAUAGCAUUUGUAAAGGCCGUGGAAUAUCAGUCACUACUGAUCCUCAGAGUAUCAAGUUUGAGAUCUUUUCAACCAGGAUUCAUGAAUAUCAGCGCAAGCAAUGUGUGGUAUGUACAACAUACAUUUCUGUUGNCUAA